AAUUUUGAAACCAUUUAUCAAGCAAUGAUGACGACGUCACAGUCACGUUAUGGUAACGUUAGAAGAGCCGCUGUCAGUUUCAACCUGAAAGUUCAAGUUUUAGAAAGCUCUCCAACCUUGAUAUUUGUGAAAUUGUUAAAGAUAGAUAUGCAUGGUGAUGGGAGAGGAGGAGUCGAUUAACUGUGAAGAAGCUUUUGAUUCCAUCUUUAGUCAUUUUAUCCAAGAAUUUGUUAUCGACAGUGUCUUAGGCGAAUAUCGUUUUGCAUUCGAUGAAACUGAGGAGAAUAUGUCUGACGAAGUAAGAAAACAGGAAGUAAUAAUACCAGACUCUGUUGGUGAUUGGUUACACCCUACUAUUAAGUGCACUGAUUUAUCAAAGUCAACAGAUAAAUUGUUCGAUGUGAGGAGGCUACACGAGUCUUUUGAUUUAGACCUUGAAGAUGAAGAAGAAGAACUUAUCAGUAAUAUUAUACUUGAUAGGUUAAUAGAAGGCACACAGGAGGCAAUAACUUUCCAAAUAACUGAGAGUAACGAACAGGAUACAGAUGUAACACAGGAAGCAGAUACCGUUCAAAGUGUCGAGAAUAAUGAACAGGGUAAUAGUUUUCUGGAUAUGGUAACAGAUGGUACACAAGAGAGAGUGACUUUCCAAGUCAAUGAGAGUAAUGAGCAGGGGAAUAAGUUUAUAGACAGAGAACGAGCAAAAAGUCAUCAUUUUGGAGUUGGUCGAACAAGCUCAAUCCGCAACGUUUACAACACGAUUUUCCAUCGGAGUAAAUCGUCAACAAAAAGAGUGAAGGAACCAGAGGAAUUAGAAAAUCUCGUGUCAAAUAAAAAGAAUAGACGGUUCUUCAAACGUACACGCCGAAAGAAACAAGAACCUACACCCACUUCAAUUGAGGUACAGGAGGGUACUGAUGUGUCAUCUCAAGUUCAGAGUAAACUCAUAUCACGUCUCUUCACUGGUCAAAAGGCCAACCGUGGACAAGAAAAUGACAACGAAAAAAUGUUGGAUGGAACUGGGCAUUCCAGAACUGUGCUUGGAGGAAUCCGCAACUCAUUGAUGAAUUUGUUCAGAAACAGGGUUGUUGUUUAGAUAAUCGAGGCUUUGAUUAAUGUUCUGUUCCCUAAUGUCAAACCAAUAUGCUGGAAUUGAAUAAAGUGGUAUGCAAACGUUCUAAGCUAAAUACAGUACAAAAACAUAAACAAAUACGUAGUACCCGAAGGAAACAAACUUUUAUAUUGUGUACUAAAAUAAUGUUGACGUAUUAUUCACGAUCAUUCGCAAACAGAUAAAUAAAAGUUUGAACAACUA